AACUUCAGCACCUGGACAGCGACCGUCCCGGAAAACCUCGUCUGGCGUAACAAUGCGAGCAUUCAGCGAAACGCGAUUUCACCAAGACAUGCUUUGACAAACAAUGCGAGUCCCGACACAUUUUCUACCUAGGUUUAACAGAAAGCUGACUGUGUCGAGCACGUAAAGCACGCAGAAACAGCGCCAGUCCUGAAGGCUUCCCUUCCGCGCAGGGAGGGUGCGAGAGACGGAAGGACAAAACGCCGCGGUUUCUCUUUGUUUACAUCGGAAUAAAAGUGAGAAUGCGGCGGAUUGUCGGACUGGAGGUGCCGCUCAUAUUGUGGAUAUGGUGUGUUUAUGUGAAGCUCAGCACAGGAGCCCAGAGGUGUGAUGAGGUGUUGGCUUCACCGCUUCCCUACAGCGCCUUCACCAGCUCCUCUGUGCUGGCAGCGGAUUUUGGUGCCGGCUAUGCAAAACUCAACAGGAGAGUAGGCAAUGGCGGAUGGUCACCAUCAGACUCGGACAGGUACCGGUGGCUACAGGUGGACCUCCGGGCCAGAAAACAGAUCACAGCCAUCGCAACGCAGGGCAGAUACAGCAGCUCAGACUGGACCAAAAACUACAGGCUCCUGUACAGCGACACUGGAAGCAACUGGAAACCCUAUCGGCAGGACAGCAACAUAUGGACAUUUUCAGGUAACUGGAACUCAGAGCGAGCCGUGCGACAUGAACUUCAGCACCCAUUUGUGGCUCGAUAUGUGCGUUUCAUCCCACUGGACUGGAGCGAGGAGGGCAGAACUGGCCUGAGGGUGGAAAUCUAUGGCUGUGCUUACUGGGCAGAUGUGAUCAGCUUCGAUGGCCAGGGAGUGAUUUCCUAUCGCUUCAGACAGAAGAAGAUGAAGAUCUUGAAGGAUGUGAUAUCGCUGAAGUUUAAGACCUCUAAAGGUGACGGCGUCCUGCUGCAUGGGGAGGGACAACAGGGAGAUUAUAUCACGCUAGAGCUACGGCGAGCCAAACUACAGCUGCAGAUCAACCUGGGCAGUAAUCAGUACGGCUCCAUUCAGGGUCACACAUCAGCGUCGAGUGGGAGUCUGCUGGAUGACGACCAGUGGCACUCGGUUCUGAUCGAGCGCUACAGACGCAGCAUCAACUUCACACUCGACCAGCACAAACAGAGCUUCCGCACUAACGGAGAGUUUGACCACCUGGACCUGGAUUAUGAAAUUACAUUUGGAGGGAUGCCAGUGUCGGCCAAGCCCAGCUCAGGAGGCCGAGAAAACUACAUCGGCUGCAUGGAGGCCAUUCAUUACAACGGGGACAACAUCACUAACCUCGCACGCAGGAGAAAAGUAGACACCUCCAGCUUCCAUAACCUGACAUUUUCCUGCACGGAGUCCCGAACAUUCCCUGCCUUCUUUAACUCCACCAGCUCCUUGCAGCUUCCAGGUCGGACUGAUGCAGACACAGUGUCGGUCAGGCUUCAGUUUCGGACGUGGAACCCCAGCGGCCUGCUCUUUUUUACUCCGCUCAUGCCUGGAGGGGUGGAGGUCAGUCUGGUGGAGGGUAAAGUUACAGUUCACAUCUACGUCACUCUGGGCAAGAAUACACGCGUGGACAUAUCCUCAGGCUCUGGUCUAAAUGAUGGACAGUGGCACAGCGUUCAUUUUCUGGCACUAGAGAGCAUUGCCAUGUUGACCAUUAAUGGAGACGAGAUGUCCACCGUGAGAGCUGCUCUGCCCAUGCAGAUCAGGACUGGAGGAGAUUAUUUUUUCGGAGGAUACUUCCCACGGACUGAUCUUUCUCCAUCACAGCGCUCAUUUCAGGGCUGCAUGCAGCUCAUUCAUGUGGACGACCAGUUUAUGGACCUGCAGUCUGUGGAGCAAGGCGUUUUGGGUAGCUUCGAGAACGUCAGCCUGGAUAUGUGCGCCAUCAUAGACAGGUGUGUCCCAAACCACUGUGAACAUGGAGGCAAGUGUUCUCAAACUGAAGACACGUUUAAGUGUGCCUGUGAGGGCACUGGAUACUCUGGCGCCACCUGCCACAACUCUGUGUAUGAGCAGUCCUGCGAGGAGUACAAACACUUGGGCCGAAGCUCGGACACAUACUGGAUCGAUCCGGAUGGCAGCGGAUCCCUGGAGCCGUUCAGAGUCACCUGCAACAUGAAGGAAGACAAAGUGUGGACAACCAUAGCCAAUGACCUGCCGGCUCAGAGUUCUGUGUCUGCAGGUUCUGUACCCGAAGACAAGACUGUGCUCACACUCAAUUACAGCAUGUCUACUGAACAGGUGAACGCCGUCACCAGCAGCGCGGAGCUCUGUGAGCAGCAUGUUUCAUACAUGUGCUAUAAAUCACAGCUGCUCAGGGUGCCGUCGCCAGAUGUGCCUCCGUCCACAUAUUGGGUCGGCAGGGGAAAUGAGAAGCACUUCUACUGGGGCGGCUCAGGACCGGGCGUGCAGAAAUGUGCCUGUGGUAUUGAACGCAACUGCACCGAUCCCAGAUAUUACUGCAACUGUGAUGCCGAUCUCAGACAAUGGAAAGAAGAUGCUGGUAUGUUGAUGUAUAAGGAUCAUUUACCUGUGAGUCAGGUUGUGGUUGGGGAUAUUUAUCGCUCUGGAUCUGAAGCCAAACUCACCGUCGGACCGCUGCGCUGCCAAGGAGAUCGUCACUACUGGAACGCUGCUUCUUUCAACACACCUGCAUCUUAUCUUCAUUUUCCAACCUUACAAGCUGAGACCAGUGCUGAUGUGUCCUUUUAUUUUAAGACAUCGGCUUCACACGGAGUCUUUCUGGAGAACCUGGGCAACCCCGACUUCAUUCGCCUAGAACUCAGUUCGGCAUCAGUGGUGUCGUUUUCAUUUGAUGUGGGCAACGGGCUGGUGGAGUUAAGCGUUCGCUCAUCUACACCCCUCAAUGACGACCAGUGGCACAGGGUGGAGGCGGAGCGCAAUAUCAAGGAGGCUGUUUUGCGAGUGGAUAAGCUGUACAGGGAGGCGCGGUCAGCACCGCCUCAGGGCCACACCCGCCUGCAGCUCUUCAGCCAGCUGUUUGUAGGUGCUUCGGGUGGUCAGAGAGGAUUUCUGGGCUGCAUUCGAUCACUAAAGGUCAAUGGAGUGACCCUUGAUCUCGAGGGAAGGGCAAGGGUCACGCCGGGGGUGAAGCCUGGAUGUUCGGGCCACUGUAGUAGUUAUGGGAUGCACUGCCAGAAUGGAGGAAAAUGCAUCGAAAAGUACAAUGGAUACUCAUGCGACUGCAGUCAGACCGCCUUUGAUGGGCCGUUCUGCAAUGAUGAUGUUGGAGGGUAUUUCGAGAGUGGGACGCUGGUGCGUUUUGACCUGAUGUCCGAGAGCAGCACUUCCUCUCCUGCACUAAAGGAAGGCGAGUCUGCGGUGCUGGGCAUUGUGGGUAAUCUGACGCACGAGGAGCUCAGCUUUAGCUUCAGCACAUCCAACACGCCGGCUGUCCUCAUCUACAUCAGCUCAAAGACACAGGACUACCUGGCCGUAGUGCUGAGACACAAUGGUACUCUGCAGAUCCGCUAUAAUCUGGGUGGAUUGAAAGAACCGUUUAGCAUCAGCCUAAACCAUCGUAACAUGGCGAACGGUCAGCCUCAUAACGUCAACAUCAGCCGACAAGAAAGACUCAUUCAGCUGCAGGUGGAUCAUUACCCUACAGCGAGCUACACUCUUCCUGAAGCCUCAGACACUGAAUUCAACCUGGUCAAGACCAUUUUCCUUGGAAAGGUGUUUGAAACGGGUCAGAUUGAUCCGGUGUUGAUAGAGCGAUACAACACUCCAGGAUUCGUGGGCUGUUUGUCCAGAGUUCAGUUCAACCGGAUCUCUCCUCUGAAGGCGGCGCUCAGGACCGGCCCGUCCACUGCCUCCAUACAGGGAGUCCUGGUGGAGUCAAACUGCGGCGCGUCUCCGCUCACCGUCCCACCCAUGUCUGCUGUUUUUGACCCCUGGCACCCAGAGUCAGUCGGUGCUCAGUUCCCAUUCAACGAGGAGCGCAUCAGUCGAGAUGGAGUCAACAGAGACUCUGCAAUAAUCGGAGGCAUCAUCGCAGUGGUGAUCUUCACCAUCCUCUGCACGCUGGUGUUUCUGGUGCGUCACAUGUUCCGUCACAAGGGCUCCUACCACACCAAUGAGGCCAAAGGGGCGGAGUCUGCAGACUGCGCCGAUGCUGCCAUCAUCGUCAAUGACCCCGCCUUCACAGAGACCAUCGACGAGAGCAAGAAGGAGUGGUUCAUUUAGCCACACCCCCUAGGGGCGGGGCUUCACUCUCUGACAGCAGCCCAUGUGAAACGGACACUUGGCGACGUCUGGCAUGUCUGUUCUGUAAUUAUUUUGUAAGUGAGUACAGCACAAGGACUUCUGUAAGAUCCCAUUCAUCCCAUGCACACAUGAUGACAGUUUUAAACAACAACUGAUGCAUUUUUAUCAUUGCAAUAUUUCUGAUCGGAUUAAAAAAAAAGAUGUGUGUUCGGCGAUCACGAAUGCAGCGAAUACUCCAAUAGAACAAAGCGGAAUGUGUACAGAAUGCAUACUUAUGUUUUCCGAUAAUGACGUUUGAUUGUAUUUAAGCGUUUCGUUGUCAGCAUCUUCAGGACAAUAAUAAUAUAUUGUAGCAUGGAAAUCAGCCAAUGGCGUUUCUGAAUCACCCAUCGAUGUUCAAUGCAGCACUUUUGUAUCUCAUGUUCUUUAUAGUUGCCAGAAUUCAGUGUUAUUUAUCUGUUUCUCCAUAAGUGCUUGUUCAAUCUCUACGGAUAACAUGA